ACUCUGUUCGCUGAUUGGACUGCUGCUGUGACGUUGUCAGCGAACACCGGAAGAAGAGGACUCCGCAGCAGUAAAGAAGGGAUCACUUGCAGCCGUCAGGAUGCAGAGCACUACGAACUACCUGUGGCUCAUCUCAGACCUGCUGGGACAGGGAGCAACAGCCAACGUUUACCGCGGCAGACACAAGAAAACUGGAGACCUGUACGCGGUCAAAGUGUUCAACAACCUGAGCUUCCUGCGCCCGCUGGAUGUCCAGAUGAGAGAGUUCGAGGUUCUGAAGAAACUGAACCACAAGAACAUCGUCAAGCUGUUCGCCGUGGAGGAGGAGUCCAACACCCAUCACAAAGUCCUGGUGAUGGAGUACUGUCCCUGUGGAAGUCUCUACACAGUGUUAGAGGAGUCCUCCAACGCUUAUGGCCUCCCAGAGGACGAGUUCCUCUUAGUCCUGCACGAUCACCCUGACAUGUACGAGCGAGCCGUGCUGAGGAAAGACCACCAGAAGAAGUACGGCGCCACGGUGGACCUGUGGAGCAUCGGAGUCACCUUUUACCACGCCGCCACCGGCAGCCUCCCGUUCAGACCGUUCGAAGGGCCGCGCCGGAACAAGGAAGUCAUGUAUAAAAUCAUCACAGAGAAACCGUCCGGGACGAUCUCCGGUCAUCAGAAGAGUGAGAACGGGAAGAUCGAGUGGAGCACCGAGAUGCCGGUUUCCUGCAGUCUGUCCAAGGGUCUGCAGAGCCUCCUGACUCCGGUCCUGGCCAACAUCCUCGAGGCAGACCAGGAGAAGUGUUGGGGCUUCGACCAGUUCUUCGCCGAGACCAACGACAUCCUGCACCGCACCGUGGUCUUCGUGUUCAGCCUGCAGCAGGCCACGCUGCACCACAUCUACAUCCACGAGUACAACACGGCAGCGCUGUUCCAGGACCUGCUGUCUCGCCGGACCAGCAUCCCGAUGCACAACCAGGAGCUGCUGUACGAGGGCCGGCGCCUGGUCCUGGACCCCAACCGCCAGGCCAUGUCCUUCCCCAAGACCUCCAGAGACAAUCCCAUCAUGCUCGUGAGCCGCGAGUCCGUGGCCACCGUGGGACUCAUCUUCGAAGACCCCUGUCCUCCCAAAGUCCAGCCUCGCUACGAUCUCGACCUGGACGCCAGCUACGCUAAGACCUUUGCAGGUGAUGUGGGACAUCUGUGGAAGACCUCGGAGUCUCUGCUGGUUUAUCAGGAGCUGGUGCGGAAAGGAGUUCGAGGUUUAAUCGAGCUGAUGAAGGAGGACUACAGCGAGAUUCUACACAAGAAGUCAGAGGUUUUCCAUCUGUGUAACUACUGCACUCAGAUUCUGGAGAAGACUGAACAGCUGUUUGAGGUGUUGAUUCAGGCCAACAUGAUGUCGUCAGAAUAUGAUGAGAUCUCCGACAUGCACAAGAAAGUUGUCAGAAUCUCCAACUCUCUGGAGCCCCUGGAACGAACAUCCCAGGACAUCAAGAGUAAAUUCCUCCCUGGGGGAACGCUGACCGACAGCUGGCUGCAACAAGUUGGGACGCACCCCGAGGACAGGAACGUGGAGAAAAUCAAAGUGCUCUUGGAUGCCAUCACGGCCAUCUACCAACAGUUCAAGAAGGACAAAGCUGAGAGACGUCUGCCGUACAACGAAGAACAGAUCCAUAAAUUUGACAAACAAAAGUUGGUGCUUCACGCCAGUAAAGCCAGAUCUCUGUUCACCGAGGAGUGUGCCAUGAAGUAUCGCCUCUUCAUCUCUAAGAGCGAAGAGUGGCUCAGGAAGGUUCAUCACGUGAAGAAGCAGCUGCUCAGUCUGUCGGGUCAGCUGAUGAGCAUCGAAAAGGAAGUGACGAUGCUGCUGGAGAGAGCCAUUAAGCUGCAGGAACAGCUGCCUCAGAAAGUCCUUCCUCUGGUGUCCAGCGGGAUGAAGCCUCAGGCCUACCUGAGUCAGAACACGCUGGUGGAGAUGACCCUGGGGAUGAAGAAGCUGAAGGAGGAGAUGGAGGGAGUGGUCAAAGAGCUGGCAGAGAACAACCAUUUCUUAGAGAGAUUCGGGACCUUGACGCUGGACAGUGGUCUGAGAGGUUGAAGGCCAGAAUCUGAGCCCUGCUGUGUCUCCUGCAGCGUUGUACAUACCCUGUGUGUUUAUCUGUAAAUACUGUGAGACUGUACGAAGAAGCUUGUUUUUCUAUGUUAGUGAACACACGUUUCCCCCCCUUCACACACACACACACACACACACACACACACACUCUGCUUUACAAACAGCUUCACUUCCUGUAUCUCUACCGGUCAGGGAACUCCGCUGUAAAGCCCCUGACGCGCCAAGCCGAAAAUCGGCCGACAGUCUGACGAGAUCGGUGACUCGAGUCUGUUCGGUGUGUCCCAUCUGAGACAAGGGGGGGUCAGCUUCGCUUCAGAGCUCUAACCUCCUAUGGCUCCAUUCUGAUGCUACCUGGCCAUCACCUCCCGUUAGCAUCCCAUUGACUCCCAUUCAUUCUGACGUCACUUUGACA